AGCCUCAGCGCCGCCCCUGGCGGGGAGCGGGCCUGCGGGCGGAGGCAGGGCUCCCGGGACCCGCCGUCUGCUAGCCUGUCUGGGAGACGCCCCGAGGCCCGCGGAACCCCGGGCCCUUGAAGCUUCCGGAGGAGCCUCUGGUGUCACAGAGAGGCCCGCGAGGGUUCCGCCCGGGCCGGAUGAGGCAGAGGCCGGGGGCGCGACAUGUUUAACCCACACGUGUUAGACGUCCCGGCCGUGAUUGUGGACAAUGGGUCCGGACUCUGCAAGGCGGGCCUGUCCGGGGAGAUCGGGCCCCGCCACAUCGUCAGCUCCGUCGUGGGGCACCCCAAGUUCCAGGCGGCCUCGGCGGGGGCCAGCCAGAGGCAGCACUUCGUGGGGGAGGCGGCCCUGCACAAGAAGGAGGCGCUAUUCCUCCGCUGCCCCAUCGAGCGCGGCCUGGUCGUGGGCUGGGACGACAUGGAGGAGCUGUGGCGGCACCUGUUCGAGUGGGAGCUGGGGGUGCGGGCCAGCGAGCGGCCGGUGCUCCUGACCGAGCCCUCGCUGAACCCCAGGGAGGCGCGGGAGAGGACGGCCGCGGUGAUGUUCGAGACGUUCCAGGUGCCCGCCUUCUACCUGUCGGACCAGGCCGUGCUGGCCCUGUACGCCUCGGCCUGCGUCACGGGCCUGGUGGUGGACAGCGGGGACGGGGUCACCUGCACCGUCCCCAUCUUCGAGGGCUACUCCCUGCCCCACGCGGUCGGCAAGCUGUACGUGGCGGGGCGGGACGUCACGGAGCACCUCACGCGGCUGCUGCAGGCGGGCGGGCGCGCCUUGCCCUGCGCGCUGCACAAGGGCCUGGCGGAGGACAUCAAGGAGAAGCUGUGCUACGUGGCCCUGGAGCCGGAGCGGGAGCUGGCCCGGCGGCCGGAGGAGGUGCUGCGGGAGUACCAGCUGCCGGACGGGAACAUCAUCCGCAUCGGGGACCAGCUGUACCAGGCGCCCGAGGUCCUGUUCGCGCCCGAGCAGCUGGGCGUCCAGAACCCGGGCCUCUCCAGCAUGGUCUCCGGCAGCAUCGCCAAGUGCGACGCCGACAUCCGGGGCACCCUCUACGGCGAGAUCGUGCUGUCGGGGGGCAGCACCCUCUUCCAGGGGCUGGACGACCGGCUGCUGAAGGAGCUGGAGCAGCUGGCCACCAAGGGGACCCCCAUCAAGAUCACGGCGCCCCCCGACCGGUGGUUCUCCACCUGGAUCGGCGCCUCCAUCGUCACCUCCCUGAGCAGCUUCAAGCAGAUGUGGGUCACCGCCGCCGACUUCAAGGAGUUCGGGACCUCGGUGGUCCAGAGGAGGUGCUUCUGAGGGGCCCCGCGCAGGGGGCGGCCCCGGGCGUGGCGAGCUCGCCCCUCGGCCUCGGCGCGGCGUUCAAUAAAAGACAGGACGGUGCAGUC